AUGGUCAUCACCGAUAGAACCAACGGCACCCCUGUACCUAAAAAGGAGCCCCAGAAGAAGAAGAGGAGGAAGUCUCGCCCUCAUGGCCUUCCCUCUCCGGCUCUCUGCUGUGCCUGUGGCCUAUGCAUCAUGCUGGCUGGACUCAACAUCACUCUGGUGGGAGCGUUUGCCUUCAGCACACUGGUGCCUUCUGCCAACCCCCCGAUCAUCAUCGGACCUAUCCUACUGCUGGUGGCCUUUUCCUUUUUCGGGGCCUGUUGCGUCUGCAGCCGCCUCCCGCCUCCCGUCAGCUCGAGGUCAAAGGUGGGAGGCAGAGGCACGGGACUGAUGGGACACGGCGGGCUGACUGGCGGGGCAGCAUUUGAAAUUGAGACCAGCGAGCACACGCUGCAGGACACUACAGCUGUGCAGCUCAGCCCCGAAUCUUCCCCUGGGUCAUCCCGGGCGUCCAGCCCAGACAGGGAGCCUCCCGAUGCAGCCCCACCAAGCUUCUGCAAGGUCUUCACCAUGGAGGCCAACGGACCUUCUUCUAAUUCCGCCACUGCAGUCUACUCGGCCUCCACAGUGCCAGGAGGGGAGGUGAAGCUCAACCUGCCGCGUGAAGAAGUGGUCGCCUAG